UGAAUUUCAAGACUGUUAACUAUUACGCAAUCUUAAAUAAUAUAAUAUUUAAAUUUCGUGUCUACACUAUCGCCACCUGCCGUAUUUAGUUAUAAAUUGACGUGGUAAACAACGAUUACUUGGCUCAAGUUGAGAUAUGAGUCGUAUUUUAAAGGAUGUCAGCAUAUUUUCGUGAUCUUUACAUCGAAUUUUUAUUGACUACUUAAUAUGACAUUGCAAAGAGGUGAAAAACGGUACCUGAAAUGUAGAGUGCAUUUUCAUUGGAUAUUUCUGCUGUAGAAAUUUCCAGAAAACAAAAAAUGUCUGAGAAAAGAGAAGACAGGUAUAGUGUUGGAAGUUCAGCUGGCUCUGGAUUAUCCAGUGAUAUAAAAAAAGCUGGGAUACUGAGAAAAUUAAAGACUAUGAAGAAAAAGUAUUUUGUUUUGCGUACCGAAUCUGAAAGUGGACCAGCUCGGUUAGAGUACUAUGACAGUGAAAAGAAAUUUAAAGCUGGUGGCCCUCCAAAACGAAGUAUUCAUAUCAAAACGUGUUUUAACAUUAAUCGAAAGGUUGAUGCCAAGCAUAAAUUAGCAAUAGCUUUAUAUACAAAAGAUGACUGUUUCUCAGUUGUUGCUGAUAGUGAAGCUUCUCUGGAAGACUGGCUAAAUGCUAUGUUAGAGUUACAACUUGAUGGACCUUGUAUGAAUGGUGGAGUAAAGUUAAAGCCAAAAUUUGAACAUGUAUGGCAAGUUACUGUGGGUGAUAAAUCAUUAGCGUCUUCGAGGAAUAUGAAAGGACUGUAUCGAUUAUGUCUGACUCCAAGCGCCUUGACUUUAAUUAAAGUUGACCAGUCUGAUCCUCCAGAAACUCUAGAAUUUCCUCUAAUGAGUAUUAGAAGAUGUGGGCAUACAAAUAAUUACUUUGUCAUUGAGCUUGGUCGUUCGUCUAUAACUGGUGCUGGAGAACUUUGGUUGGAAACCGAAGAUGUUGUUAUUGCACAAAACAUGCAUGAAGUCACUUUAACUGCAAUGAAAUCGUGCAGAGAACAUGAAGAUCUGGGUCCAUUAGGUAGACCUAGGAGUGCAUCAAACAGUGAAAAUUCUAGGCCAAUUGCUACUAGGCGACCUAUUGCUGUUGUUAGUCCUCAAACAAUAUCUUAUGGAGGUAUUAGGGACCGUUGCGACAGCAUGCCUUCCAGGCCUCGAACUAUUAGUGAAGGCCAAGAAAUUAAUAAUAGGAGUUAUUAUGCCCCCCAAGGCUAUAUGCUAGACUCCUUAAGGCCUCACAGUGGAUUUUCACGUACAGUUUCCUAUUCCCCUCCUUCUGUACAAAACCCUUUAAGUCCUGUGUCUGCUACUUGCUCAACAGAUAGUGCAGGAAGUUCACUUUCAAUUGAUGAAUAUGAAGUUUCUCAGCAGCCUGAUUUUUCACAUAGUCGUUAUUGUCAUAGUCAUCCUACUGAUGGCGCUCUUCACACUGAACCUCCAAUUAAAGAGGAACAGCUUGAUGAUUAUGUGCCCAUGUCUGUAGGAAACAAUAACAAUGAUGGUUAUUUGCCAAUGGCUCCAAUGUCUUCAUCAGCACCUACUGUUCCUGCUGUGUUUUUACACUCCAAUUCUGUGGAAUCGUCACAUUUAAGUUCCUUACCGCCAGUUUCUCAGAGUAGUGACUACAUGGAAAUGAAGUCUCCUACUGAAGGUUACAUAAAUAUGAGUCCUCUUGGUGCUAAUGUCGAAUUAAGAGCCAACAAAUCUUGUUCUUCUCUCGAGUCAUCAGUCACUGAUUUAAAUCAAAACAAAGAUGGUUAUAUUCACAUGGCUCCAUUACGGGACCAUUAUACAACGCCUGUGUCAACUGCACAGCAUGAAGGUUACCUAGAUAUGGCACCUUUAUCUUCAUCUUUGCCAAAAACUUUCUCUGCUGUAACUAAUCACAGCAUUACUAUUCCUUCACGAAAAGACAGUAGCACAAAGCUGUCGGAGACUACUGCAUCUACUCCUAGUAGUACAAACUUGGAGGACUUUCCAUUAGAUAAAGUGAGUACUCCCUCUUCCAUAGAAACACAGAACCGUGUAUUCCCUGAUGUUGCAGAUAAAAAUAUUUCUUUCCCCUCCCAAACAUCAGGUGCCAGUCAUGUGCUGCCAUGGAAAAAUCAGCAUUACAUUUUGAAUGCAUAUGCUGGUAUUGCUGUGAA